AGACUGAUAUUCAAGGAAGGACUACGAAUCCCAGCAAACAGUUCGCGACACGAGGGCGCCGAAGGAGGAGGAGCUCGGAGCCGUCGGGCCCUGCGGAACCAGGCAGCAGCAGCAACCCGGCUAGACGGCCAUGGGGAAGCACUACUUCUGUGACUACUGCAACCGCUCCUUCCAGGACAACCUCCACAACCGCAAGAAGCACUUGAAUGGGCUGCAGCACCUCAAGGCCAAGAAGGUCUGGUAUGACAUGUUUCGAGAUGCAGCUGCCAUCUUGCUAGAUGAACAGAACAAGAGGCCGUGCAGGAAGUUUCUACUGACAGGCCAGUGUGACUUCGGCUCCAACUGCAGAUUUUCCCACAUGUCAGAGAGAGACCUCCAGGAGCUAAGCAUCCAGGUGGAGGAGGAGAGGCGGGCCAGGGAGUGGCCACUAGAUGUCGUCGAGCUCCCUGAGGGCCAUCUGGAAGACUGGUUGGAAAAGAGAGCCAAGCGGCUGAGCUCAGCUCCAAGCAGCAGGGCUGAACCCAUGAGAACCACCAUCUUCCAGUACCCCAUAGGCUGGCCACCAGUCCAGGAGCUGCCUCCAUCCCUGCGGGCACCCCCACCCGGGGGGUGGCCCCUGCAGCCCAGUGUCCAGUGGGGCUGAGCCCCUCAUCCCCACCUGACCCCCAUCUGGGCAGCCUUCGUGUCAGUCACAAUAAAGAUAAGGGCUCCUACUGGGGAUGCUGAGGCCCUCGCCUGCUGCCUCCCGUAGAGCCUCUGAAGCCAUCGGCUCAGACUGGCUGGACAGAGGCCCCAGAGUCGCCCUACCAGGUACAGCCCUGAUCUGAGCUCUACUCCAGGCAGCUCCUCCCUCCCGCUCUCAUGGGACAUCCUGAGAAGACGGGUGAGAAAACUUCCUUCUGGAUGUUUAUAAAGAAAGUCUGUCACCGUGA